UAUUAUAAUUAUAUAAGAGAAGGUAAGAUAAGAGGGGAGGGAGCUGUGUGCGAAUAUUUGUUUGUCUCCCAUAAGAAAGUGAAGAAGAAGAAGAAGAAAGGAAAAACCCGCCAUGAACGUGGAAGAAGAGGUUGAGCGACUCAGAGUUGAGAUCAAAAGGCUUGGAAAGCUCCAGACUGAUGGGUCUUACAAGGUAACAUUUGGUGUGCUAUUUCAUGAUGACAAGUGUGCCAAUAUUUUCGAAGCGUUGGUCGGGACGUUACGAGCAGCAAAGAGGCGAAAAUUCUUGACCUAUGAUGGUGAGUUGUUGCUGCAAGGAGUCCAUGACAAUGUUGAAAUCAUUCUGAAACCAUCACCAGAACCAGAAGCAACAACAGCAACAGCAAGUGAUGCUGUUGCAAAGGCUUAAUUGAAAUUUCAUAACUUCACCCAAAGGCAUAAUAUGUAUAUGCCAUAAUAUUAUGUAUGGUUUUACAUGGCUUCCAUUGUCAAAGAGACCUGUGUUUUCUCAUUCAUGAGACAAAUGUUUUUGUUUAUAAUCAGUUUGGGUGAAAAAAAAGAAGAAAGUUUGAUGAUUUGA